ACUCGCCGUAGAUUUGGCGGCAAAUGCAAAACGUAAACAGAGGGAGCUGCUGUAGAGAUGGAGCAGAGCGAAGCAGCAACACAAAAGGAGACUGUAGGUGACAUAUGUGUUAAAGACUCCGGUGAAAAACAGAGUAAUGAAGCAGCGGGCGAAGUUCCGUCACAGGAGUCGAACCCUGGGUCAGUUUGUAAGCCUCCCGAGGAGAAGGAACCUCGGUUCAAGAGGCUGAAGUUGUUCGAAAAAGCGACGAAUAUGAGCCUGGAGAAGUUCAUCGACCAUGCCAGUUUUGACAGAUUCAGCAGCACAUUUCUUCCGCUGUACAAGCAGAACCCUCAGAGGAUGGAGAGCAUUCAUAAGCAGUUCAUAGAGGAGUUGCGGAAGACUAUAAAGGAGGACAUCAGUGGGUUAAUCAAAGAUGGUGGGUUAGACGUCAAACUGGAUGAGCUGGAUAAAUUGGAGUGUGCUGCCAAGAACAAUCCAAAACCUGCAUGGCGGCCGAGUGGGAUUCCCGAGCAGGACUUUUGCAGCUUUUUGAUCCCAUAUUAUCAAAAGCAGGAGGCCUACAUGCGACCGGAGCUGAAAAAGAUUAAAGCAGAGAAUGCUGCCUUGGCACAGAAAGUUCAGGCUGGCAGAGAGAGUAUCGCUCAGUCUGAACAACGUAUUUCUGCAGCUGUUGAUGAGUGGAAGGCUUCGGUCACAGAGUUUGAAAGGCUGGCAUCAUCUCUCUGCCCUGCUGAUGUCUUCGAUGUGUGAUGUUCAAAUGAUUUGACCUGCAUAUAUAUAUCGUCUAACUUAACUGUACAUAUUAGCUUUGUUUACAUAACCUGUAUUUCUGAAAAUAAACGUAAAAUCUUGGUAACAGUAAA